ACUCCGGGCUGUUUCACUUCUUAUCGCGUUGCCGGCGUCUGUUUGGACGUUUUGUGGUACAGCCGACGUGAAAAAAAAGGAGCAUUCACACCGUUCCUUGUGAUCACUUCCUCAAUAAAAAAGAAACCGUAAGGAACGCGAAGUUUGAAAUUUGUUUGGCGCCAAAAUGAAAGCCCGGAAUGACGGCCGCAAGUUCGACCCUGAUUUGUUCGCCGGAGUGGAGGUCAAUCUACCGGCUGCAUUGCAGCGCGCCUCGCUUCUCAGCACACGCCGAUGUGUGAAGAAGGAGUUUCAGGCGGGUUGGCUGUUGCGCGCGAUUACGUGCAUCGAUUUGACCACGCUUUCGGGAGACGAUACUUACAGCAACGUGUACCGACUUUGCUCAAAGGCUGCUCACCCCCUGAGGGAAGACAUUCUAAAAGUUCUCGAUGUACCCAAGGAAGAUGUCACGACAGGAGCUGUUUGUGUCUACCCUGCGAGAGUAGCCGAUUGUGUGAAAGCAUUCCAGACCAUUCGACCACCCAAGAAGAUUCCAAUAGCUGCCGUGGCCACAGGGUUUCCCACUGGCCAGUAUGCCCUGCCAUCUAGACUGCAGGAAAUAGAGUACGCCGUUGAGUCUGGUGCCAGUGAAAUAGACAUUGUCAUCAACCGCACAGCCGCGUUGACAGGAGACUGGGAAACUGUUUACAAUGAAGUCCGUGCCAUGAAGAAAGCUUGUGGUGAGGCCCACCUCAAAACAAUUCUUGCCACUGGUGAGCUGGGAUCGCUCCGAAAUGUUUACGCUGCCAGCAUGGUCUGCAUGAUGGCUGGAGCCGAUUUUAUAAAGACUUCAACAGGAAAAGAAGGAGUCAAUGCCAUUCUGCCUGUUGGAAUCACCAUGGCAAGAGCAAUAUGGGAUUACUACACUGACACCAAAAUCAAGGUUGGUUUCAAGCCGGCAGGUGGAAUCAGAACAGCAAAAGAUGCACUGCUGUGGCAGUUUCUCAUGAAGGAGGAGCUGGGAGACGAUUGGCUCUUCCCGGACUUGUUCCGCAUUGGUGCAAGUGGACUGCUGGGUGACAUAGAACGCCAGCUAUUCCACUAUGCAACAAAGCGUUAUGCUUCACUCAGUGAAAUGCCCGCAUGUUAAGUUUUGCUUAGAAGACCUACAUUGGCGGCGUUUGCUUUAGAGUUUUCCUCGCAUGUGUAGUAUGCAAAAACUUAUAUGUGCCUUGCAUUCCUACUUGUUCAUAGGAUAUGGGGCGGCGUUCCCAUAGUGGAAAAGUUAUAUAGUGUAGUUUUCUGUGUACCAUUGAUGUCAAAAGAUUGUGGGACACGGGUUGCCAUGAGAAAGCUGAAUUACAGUUAAGUAUUCGCUCGCAGCCAGAAAAUCAGCAGAAAAUGGGAAUUCCAGGCUUGGGAAACAUUAAUUUCCUUUAAUUGUUUAGUUACUCGUCCCAUAAGUUUUUGACACUAACUGUAUAAAAUGUGGUGCAUUCUCAGUAUUGCAUUCAUGCAGUUUUCUACUAGCUGUUAUGUUGCAUAAAUGUGCAUUAUUUGUUUUAAGUUUCAUUUCAUAGUGAAUUCCCUAAAACUGCCGACUCAAAUCAAGUAUGGUCUACACUGACUUUGCUUGGUCUACAUGAAAAUUGGUGCUACUAAUAUAUUUAGCUAACGAGCCUGCACUUGUUCAAAUACCUGAAAUGUCAAUAAAAUAUUUUAGUUUUGUGAUGAA